AUGGACGGUGGAAAAGAAAAAAGUGGUGGUGAUAAUGGCCGUGUAAAUAACAAGGCCUAUACCGAUACUAAUGAUGUGGAUGCUCUUUGGAAGCAAGCAUGUUUAGAUAGAGAGAAAGAUUUGGAUAAAUUAAUGAAUCCAUACGGUGUUGUCACGGAUGACACGUAUGACUUACCUAUUACAAACGGAUCUUCACUAGCUGCUAUUAAAGCAAACCAUGAUCCUAAUAAUCUAGAAGAGGGUCUUUCACCUUUUUUCACCGAACAGUUUUACUUCGUUCCCUCAUCACCAAAACCCAAACCGAAAUCCGUCCCACUUGAUAUGAACACAGAAAUCCUACGGUUAGUGGAUUCUGCAAUCAUGGGUCAACCCGGUAGUAUGGACUCCAUAAAGAAUAUGGUGAGUGGUGUAGAGGAUUGUGGAGAUGGAUUUGAUCCAGAAAGUGUUGCUUUUUUACUAGUUGAUACGCUUCUCACAACAAUGGGGGGAGUUGUAUCUUUUGAUGAAGAUGAUGAUGAUAAUACUAAACCUAGUGUGAUGAAAAACUCAAAAGCUGCUAUAAUUUCAGGCGAGCUUAUUCCAUGGCUUCCAUGGUUAACAGACAGUGUUGGUUUCAUGUCACCUAGAACUCGAUUAGUUCGUGGUUUGCGUACUAUUUUACGCGCAUGUACAAGAAACCGAUCCUUGUGUUGUUCGGCUGGUUUGACAAUGGUACUUUUGGAAACAGCUGAGAAGAUAUUUUUAGAUGAUGUGGGGUCCACAAAGCAGUUACAUUGGAAUGGGGGCCCGUUGUGUUCGUGUUUGCAGUAUUUGGCAGGACAUUCGGUUACUGUAACCGAAUUGAAGACGUGGUUUCGGUUAGUUAAACGAAUGAUUAAAACUCCAUGGGCUUUAAGGUUAAUGGUUUCUUUAGAAAAGGCAUUACGUGGGAAGGAGUCGAGGGGCCCAAAAGCUUCGUUUGAGUUUGAUGGUGAAAGUUCCGGUUUGUUAUGUCCGGGUGAAGGUCGUUGGCCUUUUCUUCAUGGAUACACGUUUGCCACGUGGAUUUUUGUUGAGUCAUUUUCAGAGACUACACAUAAAACAAAGGAUGCGGAAUCUAAAUCCAAGAGGUUUUUGUUUAGUUUUAUAUCGGGUGAUAAUAAUCAGGGUAUAGAGGUGUAUUUUCAAGCUCAGUUUUUGGAGGUUGAGAUUGGAAGUGGAAAGGGGAAAAGGGCAAAUGUGUCUUUUACUCAUGUGUUUAAGGCACGACGGUGGUAUUUUAUUGGUGUGGAGCAUACUUCAAAUAAUGAAUUGAGAUUGUACAUUGAUGGGAAUUUGCAAGAAACUCGUUCUAUUGAUCUCCCUCGUAUCACAAAGCCGCUAUCAUUUUGUUGUAUUGGUACAAGUCCGUCACCAAAAAAGGGUGGUUUGCUGCGAAAUUUACGACAAUGCCCCUUGUUUGCAGAAAUGGGGCCUAUUUAUAUUUUUAAGGAACCGAUUGGGCCGGAAAUGGUUGGUAGGUUGGCUUCUAGGGGACCAGAUUCACUUCCUUCAUUUGGUAAUGCCUCAGGGUUAUUAUGGUUGCCAACAAAUCCACAUGUGCAAAAUGCCGAAGAGGAAAGUGCGCGUUUGGAUACAGAAAUUGGAGGGUACCUUCACCUUCUUUAUCAUCCGAUUUUACUUAGUGGUCGUCAUUGUCCGGAUGCUUCCCCCUCCGGUCCCUCAGGUUUACUCCAAAGACCUGCUGAGGUUAUAGGGCACGUGCCUGUAACUACAAGAAUACGACCUGAAGAAGCUUUGUGGGCCUUAGCAUAUGGAGGCCCAAUGUCAUUACUUCCAUUUGUAGUAAGCAAAGUUAACAAUGAUACACUGGAACCCGAAGAAGGCAAUCUUAAUGCGUGUCUAGCAUCAACGGCUCUUGCUGCUCCAAUAUUCAGAAUCAUAUCACUAGCAAUCAAACACCUUGGAAAUAGCAACGAACUUUGUCGUGCAAGAGGCCCUGAAGUUCUAUCAAAAGUUUUAACACAUCUAUUAAAAACUUUAUCUUCAGUUGAUGUUGCCAAGCAUACUGUUGCAGAUGAGGAAAUUGUUGCAGCGGUUGUGAGUUUAUGUCAAUCUCAGAAGAGUGAUUUUACGCUUAAAGUACAACUUUUUAGUACGUUGUUGUUGGAUUUGAAGAUUUGGAGCUUAUGUAGCUAUGGGAUACAGAAGAAGCUUUUAUCAUCGUUAGCAGAUAUGGUUUUUGAAGAGUCAAGUGUAAUGCGUGAUGCGAAAGCUAUUCAAACACUACUUGAUGGAUGUAGGAGAUGUUAUUGGACAAUUCAUGAAAAAGAUUCAAUGAAUACGUUUUCUUUGAGUGAUGGACCACGUCCAGUUGGAGAAGUGAAUGCUUUAGUCGAUGAGCUUUUAGUAGUUAUUGAGCUUAUUUUGGUGGCAGCACCUCCUCCAAUGGCUAUGAAUGAUAUUCGUUGUUUGCUUGGCUUCUUGGUUGAUUGUCCACAACCAAAUCAGGUUUCAAGGGCAUUACACCUAAUAUACAGACUAGUGGUACAACCAAACACUUCUAGAGCUCAAACUUUUGCAGAGGCAUUCAUAUCAUGUGGUGGUAUAGAAACACUUCUAGUCUUGUUACAACGUGAAGCAAAAUCUGGAGAUCAUGACAUACAAGACCACGAUUAUGAAGCCGAAAGUGGUAGUGGGUAUCCAGAUAAUAUUCAUGCUGAUGAUAAUACAUCCUUCAAUGGAAGUGAAUUUUCAUCAUUUGACCCUCAUAGACAGAACAGUGUCUUUGCGGGGUCCAGUGUAGGAAGCAGAUUGUCAGCUUCCGAAAGUCAACUCAUCAAGAAUUUGGGUGGUAUAAGUUUCUCAAUAAAUGCUGAAAAUGCAAGAACCAAUAUUUAUAACAUUGAUAAAGGUGAUGGAAUUGUUGUUGCAAUAGUUGGGCUUUUUGGGGCUUUAGUUAGCUCAGGAUAUUUAAAAUUCGGUUCUCAUGCACCUACGGAUCUUUCGGGUAACCUUCAUAGUUUGCUUGAGGGUGCAGGGAGUAUGUUUGAUGAUAAAGUUUCACUUCUACAUUUUGCUCUUCAAAAGACUCUUCAAGCUGCACCAAAUAGGCUUAUGACUGGGAAUGUCUAUACUGCUUUAUUAAGUGCCUCGUUAAAUUCAUCAGCAAGAGACGAGGAACUUAAUUUCUAUGAUCCACAACAUCGUUUUGAGCAUUUAGAGCUCUUGUUGGUUCUUUUGCGUUCACUCCCAUAUGCAACAAAGAGUUUUCAAAUUCGAGCGUUACAGGAUCUUUUGAUUUUGGCUUGCAGUCAUUCAGAAAACAGAAUCAGUCUCACUAAGAUGGAGGAAUGGCCCGAGUGGCUCUUGGAAAUUCUUAUAUCUAAUUACGAGAUGGGCGCAACAAACGCUUCAAUGUCUACAAGCAUAAGAGAGGUUGAAGACCUGGUACACAAUUUUCUCAUCAUCAUGUUAGAGCAUUCAAUGCGUGAAAAGGAUGGAUGGAAGGAUAUUGAAGCUACAGUUCAUUGUGCAGAAUGGCUUUCAAUGGUAGGGGGGUCAAGCACAGGAGAGAAAAGGGCCAGACGUGAGAAAUCAUUGCCCAUCUUUAAAAGAAGGCUCUUGGGCGAGUCGUUGGACUUCAUUGCUAGAGACCUACGGGUUCAGACGCAAGUUAUUGCCACAGCAUCUGCUGGUCUGGGAUCCUUUGGGUUACCUCCUGAGGUCUCAAGGGCAGAAGUGGAAAAUGCUGCCAUACUUUCUGUGGCUUUGGUGGAAAAUGCAAUUGUGAUGUUAAUGCUUGUUGAGGAUCAUUUACGCCUUCAAAGCAAACUAUUUAGCUCUAGCCAUUUUCAAGCUGGUUUAAAACCAUUGGAACAAGGGAAUUCUUCUAAAGACUUUGAAGGACUUUCUUUUGAUGAUCUUUCAUAUAUGGCUGAUGGUAAAGGUGAAAUUUCAGCAUCUGAAAUGGAACGCCUUGCAGCUGCAGCAGCAGCUGAACCUUAUGAUGCUGUUUCAUGUGCUUUUGUAUCAUACGGAAGUUGUGUGAUAGAUUUAUCAGAAGGAUGGAAAUACAGAAGUCGCUUAUGGUAUGGUGUUGGUCAACCCUCAAACCCCGUUGACUUUGGUGGUGGUGGCAGUGGGUGGGACUCUUGGAAAUCUUGUUUAGAAAAAGAUUCAAAUGGUAAUUGGGUUGAAAUUCCAUUAAUAAAGAAAUGUGUCAACAUGCUACAAGCUUUAUUGAUAGAUGAAUGUGGGUUGGGUGGGGGGUUGGGUAUGAGUGUGGGUACGAGUGGAGGAAUGGGGGGUAUGUCUGCUCUUUAUCAGUUGUUAGAUAGUGAUCAGCCAUUUUUAUGCAUGCUUCGUAUGGCACUUCUUUCUUUGAGGGAAGAUGAUGAUGGUGGUGAAAAUGGGUUGAUUAUGAGGAGUGUUAAUAAUGGUGAUUAUGGAUUGCAUGGAAGAUUACAUGGAGAUGAUGGAAGUUCCCCUUCAUCGGUAGCAAGUAGUCCUGGAAGAUCAAUGAGGCAACCCCAUUCAGAAUUAUUGUGGAGUGUGCUUUCACCAAUCUUGAACAUGCCGGUUUCUGAGACCAAGCGACAAAGAGUAUUGGUUGCAUCAUGCGUUAUAUAUUCUGAGGUGUGGCAUGCUAUUAGCCAGGACAGACUCCCUUUAAGGAAACAAUAUCUAGAGGCUAUUGUCCCACCACUCGUUGCGGUUCUAAGGAGGUGGCGCCCACUUUUGGCAAAAAUUUAUGAACUUGGCCCCCCUGAUGAACUAAAUCCCCUUGCUAUUGAUGAUCCAGCCCUAGACGUUGAUGCAACACCUAUAGAGGGUGCUCUUGCUAUGAUUGCUCCUGGAUGGGCUGCUGCUUUUGCAUCGCCACCUGCUGCAAUGUCAUUAGCCAUGAUUGCAGCAGGUGCUGCUGGAGGGGACUCAGUGGCUCCUGCUCCUGCAGUAAAUGUCCAUUUAAAGCGCGAUUCUUCUACUUUACUUGGAAGAAAAACAGCCAAACUUCAUACGUUUUCAAGCUUUCAGGAAUCCUUAGACGCUUCCAAGAAAGCAACAGUUGCUUUAAAGGAUAAAGCUACUGCAAAAGCAGCUGCUUUGGCUGCUGCACGUGAUCUUGAAAGAAAUGCAAAAAUAGGGUCUGGAAGAGGAUUGAGUGCUAUAGCUAUGGCUACAUCUGGACAGAGGCGAGGGAAAAGUGAUAUGGAACGUGUAAUGAGAUGGAAUGUCUCUGAAGCAAUGGGAACUGCUUGGACUGAAUGUUUGCAGUCGGUUGAUACGAAAUCGGUUUAUGGGAAAGAUUUUAAUGCAUUGUCAUAUAAAUUUGUUGCUCUGCUUGUUGGAAGUUUAGCUUUUGCCAGAAACAUGCAACGAUCGGAGGUUGAUAGACGUGCUCGAGUUGAUUUUGUUGCUCGGCAUCGUUUAUCUACUGGUAUACGUGCGUGGCGCAAACUCAUCCAUUACCUAAUUGAGACAGAAAGUCUUUUUGGAUUAUUGAGUAAAAAGCUUUGCAAUCCCAAACGUGUUUUUUGGAAAGUAGACUACAUGGAAACUCCUUCAAGGAUGCAUAGAUGUCUAAGAAGAGACUACAAAGGAUCAGAUCAUUCCAAUGUUCCUCCGGUUUCGCUAGACCACGAUAAAGAUCCUAAGGCCUCAAUCUUAGCCCUAGAAUCUAUCACAAUAGAACUAGCAAAUGAAGAUGAUGAACAAGACACAGUUGUUAACAUAGAGGGAAACACAGAUGAUAUGUGGUUGUAUGAAGAUAUUCAUACUAGAUCAUCUACAACUGCAGAACAACAGUUUCAGAUUCCAAUGGAUUCUACAGAAUCACAAGUUACAAAUUAUCAAGAUUUUCCACAAAGUCCAUCAGCAGCUGGCCCUGGAUACAUUGCUAGUGAACAUUAUGAAAUAAUUAUUCUUGAGCUUCCUGCAUCAAUGAUUCGACCACUAAAAGUUCGCCAAGGAACAUUUCAGAUAACAACUAGGAGACUUAACUUUCUUGUUGAUAAAUCUGAGAGAAAAACCGAAGAUAAAGGUGAAGAUAAGGACCGAAGUUGGUUGAUGUCUUUACUUCAUCAAGUACACAAUAGAAGAUAUCUCCUACGAAGAAGUGCUCUGGAGUUAUUUAUGCUAGACCGGUCAAACUUCUUCUUCGAUUUUGGGAAUGCUGAGGCAAGAAUGAGCGCGUAUCGAGCUAUUGUUCAUGCACGCCCUCCCCGUUUAAACAAUAUUUACUUGGCAACUCAGAGACCUGAACAACUUCUCAAACGGGCUCAACUUAUGGAAAGGUGGUCACGCUGGGAGAUCAGCAACUUUGAAUAUUUGAUGCAGCUCAAUACACUGGCUGGGCGUAGUUAUAAUGACAUCACCCAGUAUCCUGUUUUCCCCUGGAUUCUUUCAGAUUACAAGUCAACUCAUUUGGAUCUAUCCAAUCCUUCAUCUUACCGAGAUCUUUCCAAGCCCAUUGGAGAACUAAAUGAUGAAAGAUUUAAAAAGUUCCAGGAAAACUACUCCAGCUAUAACAAUCCUGCCAUACCCAAGUACCAUUAUGGCUCACAUUACUCAACAGCUGGGACAGUGCUGUAUUAUCUCAUGAGAGUCGAACCAUUUACUACCCUUUCAAUUCGAUUACAAGGUGGCAAAUUUGAACAUGCAGACAGAAUGUUCUCUGAUAUCAAUGCCACCUGGAAUGGAGUUCUUGAGGAUAUGAAUGACGUGAAGGAAUUGGUCCCUGAGAUGUUUUACCUUCCGGAAAUGUUGACGAAUGAGAAUUCUAUUGAUUUUGGUACGACACAACAUGGAGAUAGAAUAGAUUCUGUAAAGCUUCCUCCAUGGGCUGAAAACCCGGUUGAUUUCAUGCAUAAGCAUCGAAUGGCUCUCGAGAGUGAACAUGUCUCUGCACAUCUGCAUGAGUGGAUUGAUCUCAUAUUUGGGUAUAAGCAACAAGGGAAAGAAGCUGUUGCAGCAAACAAUGUGUUCUUUCACAUCACGUAUGAAGGAGCUGUUGAUAUAGACAAAAUUCAGGAUCCAGUUCAAAGACGUGCUGUACAAGAUCAAAUUGCUUAUGUUGGACAAACUCCAUCACGUCUUUUGGCGAUCCCUCAUAUAAAAAAGAUGCAAGUUGCAGAUGUUCUUCAUAUGCAGACCAUCUUUCGGAAUCCCAAAGAAGUCAAACCCUAUCAUGUUCCAUCUCCACAACACUGCAAUCUACCUGCAUCUGCCAUUCAUGCAACUUCAGAUGCUCUUGUAAUAGUUGACACUAAUGCCCCCUCAGCAAACAUAGCAUUACAUAAAUGGCAUCCAAAUACACCCGAUGAACAUGGACUACCCUUCAUAUUUCAACAUGGAAAAAGUAGUGUAAGCUCAAGUGGCGGUGGUGGUUUUUUGCGUAUGUUUAAAGGAAAAAGUAGGUCCCGCUCACGGACGUUUCCCCAAGCUCAUGCCUAUGCAGCUUCCGGGAUUAGAAGCUCUUCGAUCGUCUCCAUCACAUAUAACAAUGAAGUUAUCACAGGUGGACACGUGGACAACAGUAUCCGCUUGAUUUCACCGGAUGGAGCAAAAACCCUAGAGAUAGCAAAAGGCCAUUGCGCACCGGUGACUUGUUUAUCUCUAUCACCCGAUAGCAAAUACCUCGUUAGUGGUUCCCGAGACACCACCAUUUUAAUCUGGAGAAUACACCGGUCACCACGAUUCCGGUCAGGCAACAUCUCAGAGCCGCCCACCGGCACUGUCACACCAACUUCAGUCAGCGCCACCACCGCCGCUAGUAGCUUCAUUGAUAAAAACAGAAGAAGACGUAUCGAAGGUCCCAUACAGAUAAUCCGUGGCCAUCUCGGAGAAGUUAUUGAUUGUUGUGUGAACUCAGAUCUUGGAGCUGUUGCGUCGUGCUCUGAUUUAUCAGAUGUUUUGCUUCAUUCGGUGAUUAGAGGUCGAUUGCUUCGAAAGCUUCAUGGUGUGAAGGCUGAUAUCGUUAGGCUUUCAAAACAUGGCGUUAUUGUGACCUGGAAUAAUUCACUGCGUGUUCUCUCAAGCUUCACGCUUAAUGGGAUCUUAAUUGCUCAAUCACGUCUUCCUCUCUCGUGUAGCGUUCAUUGCAUGGAGAUUUCUUUCGAUGGCCGGAGUGGUUUGAUCGGAAUAAAUUCUUGCUCGGAAAAUGUUGAAUCGAAUGAAGGUUCUAAAAUCGAGAGAUUAGAUGUCCCAUCUCCUUCUGUUUGUUUCAUCGAUCUGCAUACUUUGAAGGUAUUUCACACAAUGAGACUUGAAGAAGGGCAAGAUAUAACAGCACUCACGAUGAACAAGGACAACACUAAUCUAUUGGUGUCAACAUCUGACAAAAAGUUAAUAAUCUUCACAGAUCCUGCUAGAAUUAAUUCGGGGGUCUUUCAGGUGAAGUUCACAACGGUGGUUCGGAGGGCAGGAAGCAGUCUUAUAGGAUUGACCAGGGGCAGGAGGAGAUCAAGGAGGAGCUUGGCAAGUGUUUCCAGUGAUGAUGAAUAGCAAGUGUCACAUCAAGAAGGUUUCUUACUACUUUGACCAAGUCAGAGGCUGAGCUUGAAUAUGGUGGAUGAGAUGCUAAUUUUAUGAAAUUUCUGGGGAAAGUCAACUUUUUGACCAUUGACCGGAAGAGCAAGCUGGCCAGUAUCUUGACUUGAGUUAUCGUGUACAAAUAUUUCUCCCGGCUUCGUAUAUAUGAAUUGCAGAGUAUUAGAUGUACACUAGAGGGGCUUUUGAGUAAAUUUUGACUUUGACCUUGUAAAUUGUACAUUUUUACUCUAAUGCAAUACUACAUGUAUUCUCAUAUGUUAGAAAUAGAAGAAAAAGUGCUAACACCAAUCUUCAGUUUUGUUUCUAUGUGAAUUUAGGUAGCAAUUGGUGACAUGGCUAAAAGGUAACUUUACACCACUUAAUGGAUUUCGUUAGAUUCUUUCUUGAAUUUUGUAAACUUCAAGUGAAGUGACCUGGGGUUACUAAAAGGUGACUUAAUUAUAUUGUUGAAACCGAUCUUUAGCUAGACAAAUACGAUAAAACCUGAAAAUGAGGGUUAGAUGUGUGGGUAUUGGACUUAGGCCCACCCGGGAUCAUUUAGGGCUCCAUUUAGCCUGCUUGUACUUGUGUUGUAGGAACUGAUUGGCUUCAAAGUGCCUUCAUCAUGUCAAGUUUCAGGCAACUAAUUGGCAUCAAGGGACAUUAGAAGAAGAGAAAUAAGUGUAGUGUUAUCAAGGGACAUUAGAAGAAGAGAAAUAAGUGUAGUGUUAUCAAGGGACAUUAGAAGAAGAGAAUUAAGCAUAGUGUUCAACUAUUUCUGUAAGCACCUCUCUAAAAUAGAAAUAUAUCCUUGAUUCCAUUGAGAUUUCCUCCCCAACUAGCCACUUAUUAACCUAAAAUGAAAGAAGUUUGGGAAUCAUCAUCCCCACUCAAACCUGCUACCCUGCCACCUUAUAAUUCUAA